AAAACAAAUAUAGCGUUCAAUGAGUGAAAGCAUUCAUUCAUUCAAACAAAUCAUUGUUUAUUUCAUUUGAUUUUAUAUUUAAAUUACAAUAAAUUGUUAAUUGUUUUGUCAAUUGUUUAGCCGUUAUAUUGAGCGCCGAUUUGUUUGCUAUUGAAUUGUGAAUCAAAUAUAAAAAGUGUGACAAAUGUCUGAAACUCCGAUUGAGAUCGACAUGGGCGAAAGUCCGGCGCAUUCGACGUUUGGCACGAAUCCCAUUGUCAUCGAAGAGGACGACGACAUCCAAGUGAUGGCAUCGCUUCCCAAUCAGAACCACACGAAGACGUCGCCCAUGAACUCGUCGGACACGUCCGGCCACUCGUCCGCAUCGAAGUCGACGCCACUGUUGUGCGAGAAAUGCAAGACCGAGACCGUGGAGAACGGCGUCACCACCGAAGACAUGACGUCCAAAGACUAUUACUUCGAUUCGUACGCUCAUUACGGCAUCCAUGAAGAGAUGCUCAAAGACGAGGUCCGCACUCUCACCUAUAGGAACGCUAUGAUCCAUAAUAAACACCUCUUCAAGAAUAAGGUGGUGCUCGACAUCGGGUGCGGCACUGGUAUACUCAGUAUGUUUGCCGCCAAAGCCGGCGCCCAACACGUGAUCGGGAUCGAAUGCAGUGGAAUCGUAAAUUUGGCCGAACAGGUGAUCAAAGACAACAAUCUUUCACACAAAAUCACUUUAAUUAAAGGAAAAGUAGAAGAAAUAGAGUUACCGCAGGAAUACCCGAAAGUCGAUAUCAUUAUCUCCGAAUGGAUGGGCUAUUGUCUGUUCUACGAGUCUAUGUUAGACACAGUCAUCUACGCCAGGGAUAAAUGGAUGAAUCCCGAUGGCCUCCUAUUCCCGGACAGAGCGACACUCUUUAUCACUGCCAUCGAAGAUCGUCAGUACAAAGACGACAAAAUCAAUUGGUGGGACGAUGUCUAUGGCUUUGACAUGAGUUGCAUCCGAAAGAUAGCGAUCGCCGAGCCGUUGGUCGAUGUGGUGGACGCCAAGCAAGUGGUGACCACUAACUGUUUGAUCAAAGAAGUGGACUUAUAUACAGUGAAGACAUCGGAUUUGGCGUUUAAGGCUAAUUUCCAUUUGCAAGUCAAGAGAGACGACUACAUCCAGGCAUUUGUCACGUACUUCAACAUCGAGUUCUCCAAAUGUCAUAAACGCACCGGUUUUUCGACCUCCCCUGAAUGCGGUUAUACUCAUUGGAAACAAACCGUCUUUUAUAUCGACGACUAUUUGACUGUAAAGCGCGGCGAAGAGAUCAACGGUAGCUUUCAGAUGACUCCUAAUCCCAAAAAUAAGCGAGACAUGGAUUUCGAGAUGUUUGUGAAUUUCAGGGGAGAGCUGUCAGAACUUCAAGAGCCGUUCGCCUAUAAAAUGCGUUAAAAAGAGAUGUUAUUUAUUAAUAUUUAGGUUAAACUUUCAAUUGGAUGAACCAUUAGAUUAAUAAAUGAAAAGAAAAGACAUUUUUUGCUAUUAUUUUGUAUUUUGAAAGCGAAACACUAUUUUAAAGUUUUAAUCUCUUUAUAACUAAUAUUUAAGUAAAUUGUUCGGCAAUUAGUUAACGACAACUCUAUCUCUCAGUCUAUAUAUCUCUCAAUAACAAUGUUUUCAUGCGAUUCAUAACAUGUGAAUAGUUUUACGGAUAAAACAUUUGUUACUUUCAUUGAAAUAUUUUCUCUUUAAGACCGAAAAAAGUUUAUUAUUAAUUAAUAUUUUUUUGUAUUUUGUAAUUGUUUUAAAUAUAUAAUGAAUGCUACAUUUAAAAGACA